AUGGCUAAGAUUCGUGUAAAAAUUGAUUUGAUGAAGCCUCUUAUUCAUAGUGUUUGGAUUGGUACUGAAGAUGAAAAUGACCCUUUAAGAGGAUAUGCUCAAAAAAUUAAAUAUGAAAAUAUCCCCAAAUACUGCAUACACUACAAAAAGCUGGGGCAUGCUAUAAUAGAAUGUCGUGUGUUGAAGAAGAAAAAAGAAAUUGAUAAGAAGAAGGCAGAAAGAAUGAUGCAACAUGAUACCUCAAAUAUAGAGAUGUCAAUAGAGCCUGUGAAGGAGACAACUCUAACUGAGAAUCAAGGAAACCAGGGGAAAUAUGGAAAUCAGGAUACACGAAGAAAACAGACUUUUCAAAAAGAUCAAAUCAGAACUAGACCAAGGGGUAGGAGUGAACCACCAAAAAUGUUCAAACCUACUGGAGCAGUAUUUGGAAUUGAUAAACCUUUGCCAGAUGCUGAUAAUUAUAAUAAAAAAGGUAUCCAAAUUGAGAAGGAUGAAGAGACAAAUGCUGAGGUGGUGGAACAUAUUGAAAUCACUGAGAUUCACCAACAAAAUAAGCAGAUUGAAGUAAUUCAGGAUACUUCAUGUGAGCAAAGGGCCCAGAAUAAUGAAGUUCAGCAACCAAUAGAAGGAGAAACCAAUUCUCAUGUCGACAGAAGUUCUAGGGAGGAAGGAAGAACUGAUGCUUCCAAAGGUAAUCAUCACCAAAAAGAACAUGAGAAAAGACAUGUGAUUCUGAUGAAAGAUUCCAAUGAGCUGAAAAUUGAUCUUUUUGGAGGUAAAUGGGAGGAAAUUGGGAGAAAAAGUGCAAAAAAAAAUUCUAGUAAGAAGAAUGGAAGUCCAAGAAAAUAUAGGAAUCCUAGAGAUGAGAACACCACAAUUACUCAGAAUAGUUUUGAUGAACUUAUGGAAGAGGCUGAAGAAAUCAAUGCCAAAGAGGAUAACACCUCUGUAGAAUCUGAAGAUAUGGAAGAGGAAGAAGAUGAUGAGGAAGAUGAUAGUGAACAGGAGGAGGAACAGAAAACUGCUGAAAAAUAG